AUGGUAUUAGCAGAUCUUGGAGAUAGACUAAGAGGUGCUCUUUCCUCAGUUGAAAAGGGUACUGAUGAUGAAAUUCAACAAAUGAUAAAAGAUAUAUGUUCAGCAUUAUUAGAAUCAGAUAUAAAUGUUAAAUUAGUUGCAAAAUUAAGAGGCAAUAUACGAAAUAAAAUUGAAGAAGAAAAUGUGAUAAAAGAAUCAUCAACACAUAAUAAAAGAAAAAAAUUACAAAAGAUCAUAUAUGAUGAAUUAUGUGCAUUAGUUGAUUCAAAUGUUGAACCUCCAAAACCGAAAAAAUUAUCAUCAACUACAAAAACUAUAAAUGGGAAAAAAGUUAAAGUUUCAAAAGAUUCAAGUCAUAUUAUUAUGUUUGUUGGGUUACAAGGUGCUGGAAAAACUACAUCAUGUACUAAAUUAGCUGUAUAUUAUAAAAAAAGAGGAUUUAAAGUUGGAUUAGUAUGUGCGGAUACAUUCAGAGCUGGUGCAUUUGAUCAAUUAAAACAAAAUGCAAUAAAAGCAAAUAUUCCAUAUUAUGGUUCAUAUUUAGAACCAGAUCCUGUAAAAAUAGCAUUUGAAGGUGUUCAAAAAUUUAAACAAGAAAAAUUUGAUAUAAUUAUUGUAGAUACAUCAGGUAGACAUAGACAAGAAGAACAAUUAUUUAAUGAAAUGAUUCAAAUUGGAGAAGCUGUACAACCAAGUCAAACUAUUAUGGUUAUGGAUGGAUCAAUUGGUCAAGCUGCUGAAUCUCAAGCUCGUGCAUUUAAAGAAAGUUCAAAUUUUGGAUCUAUAAUAUUAACAAAAAUGGAUGGUCAUGCAAAAGGUGGUGGUGCAAUAUCUGCAGUAGCCGCUACAAAGACUCCAAUUGUAUUUAUAGGUACAGGUGAACAUGUUGGAGAUUUUGAAGUAUUUAAACCAACUACAUUUAUUUCAAAAUUAUUAGGAAUUGGUGAUAUCCAAGGACUUAUAGAUCAUGUUCAAUCAUUAAAUUUAAAUAAUGAUGAAGGUCAUAAACAAACUAUAGAAAAUAUAAAAGAAGGUAAAUUUACUUUAAAAGAUUUUCAGAAUCAAAUGAAUAAUUUUAUGAAAAUGGGACCACUUACAAAUAUAGCAUCAAUGAUACCUGGAUUAUCUAAUAUAAUGUCACAAGUUGGAGAAGAAGAAACUUCUCAAAAAAUAAGAAAUAUGAUUUUUAUAAUGGAUUCAAUGACAACAAAAGAAUUAGAAAGUGAUGGUAGAAUUUUUAUAAAAGAACCAAGUAGAAUAAUAAGAGUUGCAAGAGGUUCAGGUUGUAGUGCAGUUGAAGUUGAAAUGAUUUUACAACAACAUAGAAUGAUGUCAACAAUGGCUAAAUCCGCUAUUGCAGCUCAAGGACAACCUGGUCAACCUGGAGGUCCUUUAGGUGCUGGUGGAUCACAAAUGCAAAGAAUGAUGCAACAAGCUCAAUCCAAUCCAAAUUUUAUGCAACAAGCUAUGAGUAUGUUAGGUGGUGCAGGUGGUCCAGGUGCUGCUGGUGGACCUGGAGGAUUAGCUGGAAUGAUGAAUAAUCCUGCUAUGAUGCAACAAGCACAACAAAUGAUGAGAAGUAAUCCACAAAUGAUGCAACAAGCACAACAAAUGAUGAAAGAUCCAGGAAUGAUGCAAAGAAUGAUGCAACAAUUUGGUGGAGGUAUGGGUAUGUAG